AAUUGAGUAAAUUAUAAGCUAAUCUUAGGCUAUAACGAAACUUGGAACUACCUAAAAAGAGAAACAUUGUGGAAAGUUUACCUGUGGGAAGAAAAUUUCCCAUAGUUCAUAGGGUACUUGCGGUGCUGCGAAAGCGAGGGAAAAACAAACCUGAACCGCCAUUCGAAAGAACGCUAAAAUUGGAUCGCUGUAAUUGAGAUUGUUUACAAUGUGAAGCAAGAGUCAAUGAAAAAUGCCCCGAAGGAGAAAAAUAGUACUUAAAAAGCAAAAAGCUGAUGUCGAUGUAGAGACAAGUGACGACCAAGAAGAACUGCCUAAGAGAUCAUUAAGAGUGAGAAGUAAAACAAAGCCGGAAAGCAAAGCUGAAUCAAGAAAUACACCCAUCAAAUCAAAGUAUGGGAAAAAAGAGGGGAAAAAGCAAAUGGGCGUGAAGAGUCAGCAGCCAGAGUAUGCUUAUGAUGCCGACUCUGAGCUGGACCAAAGACCAGGCGAUUCUGAUGAAAAGAUGACAAGCAGUCCAGAAUCAGACAAUGAGUUUUUCAAUGAAUCCUCAAAGAAAACUCAAGAAACAAAGAUCCAAUUGCCAGAUCCAAUUGGUGAACAACUAGAUAAAGAAAACUUCACUCCUCCUGGAAGCCAUUCAACACCAGCACUUGCUCAAAGAGCUGUCCGGAACCUCGAUGAUUCGUUAUUUGGAUUUAAUAGAUUAACAACACCGCUUCCCUAUUCUCCUGUAACCUUGGGAUCUUCACGUGCUGGUUUGUCUCCUUCUAGUUCUUUGAAAUAUAAUUCAUCUUCGUCAUUAGCAUCGCUUAGAACAACGCAAGAUUCAACAAUAGGGAUUUGGAAGGGCAAAAGAAAGAUUGAAAAGCAAAUUGAUUUACCUAUGGAGAAUGUUAAAAGGGGCAAAAAGAAGAAGACCAAAAAAGAGUUUCCUAGAAAUGACGACAACCUGGAAGAACUAAGAGAACAGUUCAAAGAAGUAGAGAUGCACGAGCUAGCCAUUGAAUACUGCUAGAAGCAAGAACAAUUUUUUUCUAACGCUGCUAACCCAAUGCGUUCGACGCUUCAAAUUUUCUGUUUUGAGAUGAACAAGUUCCACAACAAAAUGUUUGCUAGUUUACACCAUCCUAUUGGCGACACUAGUUAUAAUUGAUGUAGGUAAAUUCACGAAAAUUUUUCAAUUUGGAUCACCGCUUUUUUCUUCGAACGCCAGCCGCAGCAAGGGUACUAUCGUAAACAUGUAAUUAUAUAUUUAUAAGGAUUCUUCUAUGUUCUUGUACUGUUGAGUUAGAAUUUGAUUAAAAGAGUUUCGUAAGAUUCAAACUCUGUCCUUGGUUUCAAGGUCCCAAGAAUGCUUUUUUCUGCCAAUUUUAUUAUCGGGCUUCCGCAAGUGCAACGGAUGAAUUGAACUGAAUUGGAUUUAAAAUGAAGAUACUUUUUUAAAGAUGUUGCGAUAAUGCUGUCAAAAAAUGCAAAUUAAUGUUGAAACCCGUCCCAUAACUGAUCUGACUUUUACUAUUUCGAGUUUGAGUGCUCAAAUGCAUCCGUAUUAAAUACUUUUCUUCAUCUGCCAAAAAAGAAGUAAUUAAAGAGCCUAGAUAGUGAGCCAAGGCAACUUCUUCAAUCUCAUAAAACCCAAAUCCAUGCCGUGUACCCCCUUAAGCACAAUGUAACAUUUCUAACCAGGAACCAUAAACUCACCAUAUUUAGCUUAUCAUCCCCCUUUUUUGUUUAAAGUUUCUUCAAUAUUUUUCAUUCGGCAGAUCCUCGUUUAUACGAUUUACUUAAAACUUUGAGAAUUUACAAGUAUGGGCUGGCUUUAGCACGGCGUUGAGUUCUUAUGCUGAAUCAAUUCCUUGUGUAUUUAUAAACAACUAAUAUCCGUGCAUCUCAGACCAAAUAUUAUAAUCUCGCUCUUUUAA